GGUAUUGAGAGAGGGGAGCUGAAUCGCUAGAUUGUGUGUCCCUCGAGGCACAGUGCGCAGAGUUUAAGAGCAAAGCAGUCAGUGGCCUAUAAAACCCCAAUCCAUUCACGUCGAGACUGAGGGGUGAAAUCUGACACCUCCAGCUUUCGUUCCAGUUCUAGUGCCUCGUGGUAAUUCCACCCCAAAAAACCCCGAUUUUCACACAACAUUUACUCGUCUAAAAAUAUGCUGUAAAAUAUUACCCUGUGUCUCAGUGCAUCAUACUAUACCGUUCCCCCGACGCCAAAAAUAACCCCCCACUGAUAACGGUGUGUAAGACGAGCAAGAACUUACACAACUGGAAACACGGGUUCUCAUUGGGAUGGCGCACGUACUGAGCCGUACAGAGGGCUUAAUGCUCUAGCCUAGAUUCAUCAGACAGAAUCGCGGAUGAAGUCGAGGAUGGCUGUUCCCGGUGAUAUGUUGCUCCUAACGAUGGCGGCUGUCGGUGUCUACGUGUUGCCCGUUGGGGCAGGGGAGGUUUAUACGUCGGUGGCCAAGUUGAAGUUGUUGCCACAUAUAGAGAAGAAACUGAUUGAUGCGUGCGACAGAUACAUUACCAGUCGGCCCGAUGACCCAGGGUUAUCCAGCAUCAAAAGAUUCUUGUCCUCCACCCGCCAACAGAAUCAGCUUGCGUGUGACGAUCCAGCCUACCUGGAAAAUCCCGUCAACGGCUUCCGCUUCCUGUGGCGCCUCGUGGACGGAUGGCAGAGAGCCACCAGGGUGCGCUGUGUCGGAGACUGUGACAUCAGAGACGCUUCGAUAAGUUUUCUCAAGCAAAUUCGCUCUUCCAUCGACUCCGUAUCGUCGUGGCCUUCUCACGAGGACGUCACGGGAUCGGCGGUAGCGCUCACGAAGUUAUUGCGCACUUACGACCUUGACCCCGAUGACGUUGCCAAAGGGCGAUUACUCCACACUCAGACAACGCCGCUUGAUCCAGACGAACUCUUUGUUCUUGGAGAGGAAGUUCAUCACCAUCACACUGCGCAAGAUGCCCGGAUGUGGCUCAACAUAUCCAUAACGAGGCUCGAAGAAAUGCGUGAUCAAGAAAGGCUACUGAGAGACGCACAUCACAGGCUUAGAGAGAUAGAAGAAAAGAUAGAGGCGAAAGGAUCUAAUGGUCAAGUGGUUUCCGAAGCCCCUGAUGUCCUCUUCACGGUAGGUUAUGAAGAGCUAGAUGACGAAGACGGGGAAGAUGAUGGGCAUUUGCCCGUGUUGCCAAGCAACAGAACGGCUCGACCAAUCAGAGGGUUCUAUCAGUCGGCAUACGAAGAUCUUUGUCGUCAGGACCGUAAGAGCCCAGGAGAAGUGUCCGACCUCGUCUGCUGGUAUCAACACACCUUUAUUCCUUACAUGAAGGUCAAGGUUGAACAGCUUCACCUUGACCCUGCCAUUUUGAUGUACCACGACGUCAUCAGCGAUAGCGAGAUAGCCGCUGUUAAAAAUAUAUCAAUGAGACUGCUGACGCGGUCAUUGCUGGGUAAACCAGACGGUUCCGGUCACGAGGGCAUGAACGAGAGGAUAAGUCAAAGUGCAUGGGUAUUUGAUGACCUGGAAGUGACGUCACGGCUUUCUCGGCGCAUUCAGUUGUUCACUGGUUUAAGCACGAAACUUCAAAGGGUGUACAGCCACGCCGAGGCUUUUCAGGUGGUCAACUACGGUCUGGGAGGUCUCUACGAACCACACGAAGACUCGGUGCGCAUGUACCGGAAGUUGGGUUACGAGAAGUCUCCAUCAGUCCGCCAUUCUGGUGACCGGCUUGCUACUUGGUUGUUCUACAUGAGCGACGUGCCGGCAGGUGGAGCCACGGUCUUCCCUCUCAUCAAUACACGUGUUCCAGUAACCAAGGGCGCAGCGGCGUUCUGGUAUAACCUACACCGGAACGGGAAACCAGAUCUGAGGACGAUACACGCCGGAUGUCCGGUCCUCAUUGGGGACAAGUGGAUUGCCAACAAAUGGAUACGAGAAGUAGGGCAGACAUUCCGGCGUCCGUGCUCACUUGAUCCAGACGAAUGAUGAAACUGGGCACCGUCUUCUUUUUUAAGUGACCGACCAAAUUAUAUUCGAGGGAAGACUGGUAAACGGGAUAUUUUUCAAUUCCUUAGCUUCAGAGUUUUUACACAGAAAAGAGGGGUUCAGUGUGUAAUGUCCGGAAGCAUUGUUGGAAAAUAUCCACUUACCCCAACCUCCAAAACUGUUUUGUGAGUAAAAUAUGAUCUGUUGCGGUCAGAGAAUGAAACAAUGUGUCUCAAAGCUGUGACUAAAAAUAUUCCAUGCUUAAUGACACUUUCCUGUAUCCACAUCUACUUUCCCCAACCCCCUUGGACUUUCACCCCCAACCCCACCCUUCCCUCACCCCAUUACAAUAUGAAAUGGUCGGUCCCUUGGAUCCACAGAUAGAUUGUGCUAUAGUUUAUUUGAAGCCACAACAAAUUCAUAUACAAGGGGACUGCAAUUAAAACUUUUUCUAUCCAGCUUGUACCAUUACAAGUGAAAGUGUCAGGACUGGCCUGAGUCCGGGUCAACGAGUCUUGGUUUUGGCUUGGUAUCCGGUAAUACCCCUGUUACCUGCACAGCCCAAGUUAAAUAACCUUCAAUAGCCAACCAAAUAUACUGCCGUGGAGAUUAAACUGUACACUUUUUUUAGAUUUUGCCAAAACAUAUCAAACGUUACCAAAACGUUUCUCGGCUUAAAUCUGCAGAAGAAACUGCAAACCUAGAAAAUAUAAAUAUGAGUCACGCAUCAAAUAUAUCACUAGCAAACCGUCCUCAGCAAUUACGUUUCAAUUUGUAGUCUUCAUCGAGUUUGUUGGUGUCCAUUGUGCCAAAUUAUAUAUAUUUCAAGAGACCUGUACAGAAGAAAGUAUUUUAUAGUGUGCUUGUUAUGACCCUUGUAUACAUUUAUCAGAGGAGAACUAUGUGUGAGUGAGGUAUCAACAUAUCACAUGGGCGUUGCAUGUUUAAGAAUAGAGCCAAGAUAUAAAAUUGUAUAUUUGCGUCUCUGUUCCUCCUGUGAUCAUAUAUGGAAAUAUUGUUAGCAAUUUGUUAACGCAAAAUAAAUAUUUCAAUUCAAAA